AUGGAAAAUCAUGUCCGAACUUUUGACUUAGCACGUUCAAGACAAAAUCUUCGUGCUGCCGCUGUCAAAGUCAUGCACCGAAGGUUCCUUGUCGACAUUGGGAGUGUUCCAGUUGGCUAUAAGCUGAAGAAGGGAUGUUCUGCGCCCGGUAUUCCCAUAAUCAAAGAGUUCAUGCUGUGGUACUACGCACAAUUUACAAAAGAAUGUCAUCAAGCAAAUGGAAGAGCCAUGGUGAUUGCUACUCUCUCAUCCGCGGAGAGGUUUUUCAGUAGCUUUGAGGCAAGUACUGGGAACAAGGUUGCUGCAGCGGACCGUUCAGAGGUAUACAGGCAAGUUGCGAAAGUUGAUGAUGCUGGCCGGGGCUUACUUUUCAUAGUGGAUCAGAUUGGAUCGAAUGGACCUUGA